CAGCGGAGUACCAGUCUCACAACGUUUUUGCGCUACUGGUUGAGUGAUUUCUAAUAAUAUAUCUGGAGCACCUUGUUUCUGUGGCGUUGGUAACACUGCGGACCCCAUUUGGGCUACGCUCGAAAAAGUCUGAGGCUUCUUUUCCUCUCCUGCCGCUUGCAUGUCCGAGUGCGAGUGAGCGAGUGCGCGCGAGCACGAUGUGACAGUAAAACGGUCGGUACACCCACACGGGCUUGAGGUGAGUUGUUGGAUUGUUUGGCGCGCGUGGUGCUACUUGACUCGUCUGUGUCCCUUGGUAAUUGAAAAGUGACAAAAAUUGCGGGGAAGAUGAGUGAUAACAGCGACGGCAAACAGAACGGCGACCAGGAAGCAACGGACGCAAAAAACUUUGAACCGUCAAACGAUAAAUUUUGGGAUGCUCUUUCUAAAAAAGUCGGAGUAACCAUGCCUUCCCUCCUCAAGCUUGUGUUGGAAAAACUGGGCUGUGACAGUGAGUCAGCUUUGCGGGACAUACAGAAAAAUAGAAUAAAGGAGAUGGAGGUGUUUGUACAAGAAAAGUUAGGAAAGAGAAUGAGCCCUGAAGUACGAAAGAAAUACCUUGGAAUGUUUCACGAAGAUUACUCAGACUUUGAGUUCCUCCCAGGACAUGCUAGCAUUCUCUUGGACAUUGGCCAAAAAUUAAAAGAUGUUGAAGGGAAAAUCUUUGUACGAUCACCUAGACAAAAUGUAUCUCCAAAACCCAGAACAGUGCGUGCAGAUUCAUCUGGUGUUGAUGCUGAUGAUGGUCUUAUUGAAGAUACCAGGAUUUUAACUACAAUAAUCUCUUCAGAACUUACAAGAAGCUACAAUUUAACUAGUGAUGCUCCUCUUUUUCUUGUUAAUUUAAGUAGCACUUAUUCUGGUACAGUAUUGUGUCAAAUAGGUCCAUGUAAGGCACGUAAUCAUAAGCAAGUUAUCUCUAGAUCAAAAACAAGACCUUGGAGCACAUAUAAUUUUUAUCGCCAUGUUCGUAGUGAGCACACUCAAACAGAUCCACCGCCCAAAAAACAACUCCGUAUGACUGAGUCAGAGGAAAACAGUGAAACCUUAGAUGAUCCUGGUAUUAAUGCUGACAAUAACAAUAACAAUGCUGCAGGACACUCACAGUACAGUCGUUCAGAAAAAAGAAAAAGAAUGCUUACUGUUGCUGCUCUGGGUUGUAACCGAUUGACUGAUUAUUGGCCCAUUCUAAAUGAGAUAGAGAGGGUGGUGAAAGAAAACAAUUCACUACACUCACAAAUAAGAACAUUAAUGAGUAGGAUUACAGAAAAUGGAGAUAAGCCAGCAGAAAUAUCUCACUUUCUACAGGCCCUUAAUGCAUCAGCUCAGAAAAAUGCACAGAGAAAGAAAGGAGGGGAACGGUACGACAAUGAGAUAAACCUCUUUGCAACACAUUUUUUUAUGCUGGCAGGCCCAAAAGUAUAUGCAGAUUUAGAAGGUAAUCUGCCAAAAGCUCUGCCAUCAAUAUCUACAUGCCAGAGAACCAUCAAACUGAACAAGCAAGAUUUAAUUGACGGUCAAUACAGAUGGAGAGAACUCUCAAAUUUCUUGGAGGAGCGUGGAUAUCCUCGAGAGGUCAUUGUGCAGGAGGAUGCAACACGGUGUGUCGCUGGCGUCCAGUACAAUUCUUCCAACAACCAAAUGGUGGGAUUUCGAGUGCCCCUCUCAGUGACGGGUCUACCUGCAGUGGCACAGUUUCCAGCCGACUCUGAAGUUGUGAUGCGACGACAUUUUGAAGAUGCGCCUUUAGCUAAAAAUGUUUACUGUAUUCUGGCACAGCCAUUGGUUGACAAGGCGUCGUCCUUCAUUUUAUGCUGUUUCGGCUCGGACAACAAGUUUACAGCGGUUCAAGUGGCUAGCCGCUGGCACCUGGAGGAGAAAGAGGCAGCAAAAUUCAAUAUUGUAGUGAAGAUGAGGGCCACAGAUGGGGACAGCAGGUGUCUAUCUGCUAUGCAGGCUCGCUUGUUCAAGGCUGUUACUAACCCACUGCAAUGGCACUUCUGGUUUCGUGCUGACAUAAAUGAAAAGAAUGUGUGCAUACAAGACCCUACACACGUUGCCACUAAACUUCGAAACCUCUUGUUGAGAAAGCAUAUUUUACCAAUGGGAAACUUUUACGUGUCGGUAACACAUAUCGAAGUUCUCCUCAAAUCUGUGAGCAAGGACCAUCACAUGUUGGUCAGCGGAGACAUUAAUGGCUCUGAUAGAAUGAAUUUUAGAUCGGCAGAGAAACUAUUCUCUCAAACUGUCACCGAUAUUUUAGAGAGUGACAUUCCUGAUGCCAUUGGAACUGCAGUUUUCCUUAAGAUGGCCAGAUUUGCUACAGAAUCUUUUCUCAGUAAAUCAUUGAGCCCAUCAGAGAGACUUCGCAUGCUUUGGACGGCAAACUUUUUCAAUCGUGGCUGGAGAGCAUGGAUCAAGAAAACCCCUCAGUACAAUCUUAAAAACAACUUUCUUACUUCAAAUUGUUAUUUGUGCAUGGAAAUAAAUGCACAUUGUUUUCUUAUCUUGAUAAGGUACUAUCGAGACAAUGUUGAUCAGUUGGAGAAAGGUGCGUUUGCUCCUUGGAUGUGGGGUAGUCAGAAAUGCGAGAGUACAUUUCGUCACCUUCGUUCUAUGGGCACCACUCAAAGCACCGUGAUUAACUUCACUGUCUUAGAGUGCUUACAGAAGUUGGCCAGAGUGCGACUUGAGGAGGACAUAAGAAAUGAGUUGUCUUCUAAAUACUUUUUUAAGUCAUCUCGGAGAACAGGAAAGAAGCACGAAGGAGAAAUAUUAAGUGAAUUGUGCAAUUUCCCAAAUGACUCAGAGAUUCUUAAUAUAGUAGUACGGGAGUCAAGAAAAAGCGCUCAAAAGCAACUAAAUGACCUAGGCAUGUGCAUAGACAUACCAGUGGUGUUCUCUAGUUUGAAAGAGUCAGAAUUUGAAGCGGAUGAUGAUUACCAGGUACAUAUCAAAAUUCAACUAUAAAUACAUAUCUUAGCCUAUUUGAAAUAUACAUACCUUGCUUUAACUGCUCUAGCAGGAUGAACAUGUUGCCGAUUUGACGAUGCUGCAGCUAGUAAUGAUUUGGCAGAAGACGAAAGCAUCUUGCUGGAAGCACGACCUGA